UCAUCUCUUUUGUAUAAAAAUAAUUAAUUCCAUAUAUUAUCCACCAAAGCCUGAUUAAACCGAAGAAGGAAACAAUAUGCUCAACGCACUUAAAUCAGCUAGAGCACAGCAACCAUCUCUCUUCCCCUACACUCUGCAAAACCAUAUCGUCCGAAGACCAUCCGGUACUGUUCGAUUCGUACAAGCUACGACAGCCGGGCCGAAGCAACCCGAUUCAUCUGACUCAAUGGACCAGAAACAAGACCCCAAAUCCAAAACCGGGGAUACGAUGACGUCGUUCGGAGAAGGGUACGCGACGAGGUCGGAUGAGGAAGGAUUCGGAGGGAUCUACGGCCGUGGUGUGGUGAAAGACAAAAAUGGACAUGAAGAAUUUGACCAUAAGCAAGGGAGUGAAGUGAAGGAGACGGAGAAGGCUAGGAACCAGAGCAAGGCAGCAUCCUGAACCUAGUAUUAGUGCUUGCCUUUCUGUUAUAUAUAAUGUUGGUGGUUGUUUUUUCAACUUCCUCAAAUGUAAUAACUAUACCAACCUGUCCCAAACCUUUCGUGGACAACUACUAGAGUUGUAAUAAAGACGACCGAGCACGGUAAGGUGCAUUUGGCGUGUUCAAUCAAGGAAUACAUGCUGUAGCUAGGGUUAAUAUGUAUUUUAUUUGCUUUACAAGAAAAAAUUCUUAAAUCAUGUCUGAUCCUAUAUAAAUUAAAUUAAUGA